AACCACAUCCUGCCAACAUGAACCCUCUGUUGAUCCUGGCUCUCGUUGGAGCAGCUGUUGCUUUCUCCACUGAUGAUGAUGACAAGAUCGUCGGGGGCUACACCUGUGAGAACAGCCUCCCCUACCAGGUGUCCCUAAAUUCUGGUUACCAUUUCUGUGGUGGCUCCCUCAUCAAUGAACAGUGGGUGGUGUCAGCUGCUCAUUGCUACAAAUCCCGAAUGCAGGUGAGACUGGGAGAGCAUAACAUUGAGGUCCUUGAGGGAAAUGAACAGUUCAUCGAUGCCGAAAAGAUCAUCCGCCAUCCAAACUACAACAGCCGUAACCUGAAUAAUGACAUCAUGCUGAUCAAGCUGAAAACCCCAGCUGUCCUCAACUCUCGUGUGGCUACCAUUUCUCUGCCCAAAACCUGUGCACCUGCAGGCACUGAGUGUCUCAUCUCUGGUUGGGGCAACAUGGCAAGCUUUGGUGCUGACUACCCAGAUGUUCUGCAGUGUUUGAAUGCACCCCUUCUGUCUGAUGCUCAAUGCACAUCCUCCUAUCCUGGUCAGAUCACAGAAAACAUGGUCUGUGCUGGCUUCCUGGAAGGUGGCAAGGAUUCCUGCCAGGGUGACUCAGGUGGACCAGUGGUGUGUAAUGGAGAACUCCAGGGUAUUGUCUCCUGGGGCUAUGGCUGUGCUCAGAAGAAUAAGCCUGGUGUCUACACCAGAGUCUGCAACUAUGUGGAUUGGAUUGAGGCAACCAUUGCUCAGAACAGCUAAAGACCCUUGACCCCUGUUUCUCUCCUUUCCUUGGGACUAUUGUUUUGGAACAUGAUGCCAACAAAAUGACCCUGUUAAUAAAAUGAUGUUCUAUUAA